CAUGAGGAUUCAUUCUUUUCUGUGGCUCAGUUCUCACGUAUGUGCAUUCUCUAAAAAUGUGUGUGCAAAUUUGACGAGCAUGUGUGACUGCGAAUGUGAACUAAAUUUAAACAGUUUUGAACAAUGGCCGGGUCUGAAAACGUAACUUCACAUCAACAAACAGAACCGAAAAAUCAUAAAACGUAUACUGUUCUAGGUCAAAGAGUCGGUGGAGGUCCUCACGGAGUCGGCGAUCCUGACGAUCAAAAUUUACGAAAAGUUGAAAAAGAUGUUCUCAUUAUGGAAAAAGUAAGACUCAAAGCAAGAAUUGAAAAAUGCGUCGAUCUUGCUAAAGAGUUCUCCGAGUGUGGCAAAGAAGCCGGCUUACUUUUGCCGUUCAAAUGCAGAGCAGAAAAUGCAAAACUCCAGGAGUGUCUCCAAUUCUGGUACGAAAACGAGGAAUUAAAAGAGCAGUGCACAGAGGAAUAUUUGAAGGAAAGGACUGAAUUCAGACGAACAGGAAUUCCCGUAAGGAGGUUCGUUCGGGGAAAGCACGGAAAUCAGCAAACCGAAUCGCCAUAAACAUUUUUAGCAUCAAAGACACAGAAAGAAAUAUUUUUAAAAAAUCUAAAAGUUUUGCUUUUAAAAAGAAAAGGUAAUGGAAACUAGAUGAAGAAAGAGACAACUAGUUAAAAGAUUGUACAUAACGAUGUAAAAAUACGUUAUAUAUUUCACGCAUACACUUUGUUUAUGCAUCAACAAAAUUUUCUUGCUUCUGCAAAGUCAAUAAAUAAAUUUUGUUGAAAAUAUCAAUUUCAACAUA